AUGGAGCGAUUGCAUUGUCGUUGCUCCUUCGACAAAUGUCACCAAAUCAAUUACAUUCCUUCUCUCCGGCGUAAUUUUUAUUAUUAUAUAUAUUUGUUUUGCGUUUUGAUUUUUAAAUCCACUUCAAAAAUUAAGUGAGCUUGUCGCGUAAAUAUAAAUAUUCAAAGUAACGCAGUGCAACCGGUUUUUAAGCACAUACUAGUCGGUUGGCAAAAUUUAAGAAUUUAAAAAUUUGUUUCUAAAGUGGCCUCAGUGUGGCGGUCAAGGUCGUGCGCAACAUUAAUUCACCGUGCAUUCGAUAUUUGCAAAUAGUACCAGAGCGAAUUGACAAUAGCCACGAAUUGGGAGAAUGUCACUGCAGUGCGCUGCAGAUUGCAAGGCGCAUGGCAGAUUUUCAUAAGUGUCGCCAUAAUCUUCAUACUCUACACUCUAAGUGCCUUCGUUGAGGGCUUUCGUCCAAAGAUGUGUAAACUCGCAGCUCUGUACUUGGGGCAUUGCGAGUGAGCACGUGAGGGUGGGGGGAGGUUUGAUUUCCUGAUGUUUUACAACGACGCAAAUUCUAACGGUGGAAUGAAAGUGUACACUUCAAAUGUCUGGUGCUAAAAGCAAAUAUUAUGACGAUAUCAUAUGGCGGCUUCUCUGGCUGGCCAUCUGCCAGCUUCGUGGAACUGCAGUCCAAAGAUAGUCCGCUCGAGACUGGGCCUAUGUCGAGUUCGGAUGUUGGUUGGGUGGGUUCUAUAAUUUGCGUGGGAGGUGUCCUAGGUACGAUAUUUUGUUCGUGGUUUGCUGAUCGUUAUGGGCGUAAAAAGUGCAUGCUGUUGGUGGCGUUACCCUCAUUGAUCGGUUGGUGGAUUAUACCCUUUGCUACUACGCCGACUCAUCUUUGCAUUGCACGUGUCUUCGGUGGUUUUGCUGGAGGUGGCAUAUUUACUGUUCUACCAAUCUAUACUGCCGAAUUGGCGCAAGAUCAUGUUCGCGGUAUUUUGGGGACAGUUCUUAUGUUAACAUUUAAUUUCGGCAUACUCUGUGCAUUCGUUCUGGGCAACUUCUUUACCUAUGAUAAGGUGGCUUGGAUCCUUUCAUCGCUGAGCAUUGUGUUUCUGCUAUGCUUUCCAUUUUUGAAAGAAACUCCUCAACACCUUUUAAAUAAAAAUAAAAUCAAGAAAGCUGAGAAAUCACUGAAAUACUUUCGUAAUAUACGAGCACUGUCACACGAGUGGCCUGAAGACUUCAAAUUUGAAUUGGAUAAACUGAAGGCGGAUGUUAAACAGAAAGACGACAAUGACGAAAGUAAUGCGAUAACCUGGAAGGAUAUAAACAAUCUAACAACACGUAAAGCAUUCCUGAUUGGUAUUGGCAUUAUGACAUUGAUGUCGUUUUCUGGUUGUUUUGCUAUGCUCAACUAUUCGGCGAACAUUUUUAAAGAGUCUGGCUCUAGUCUUUCGCCCACAUUGUCUGCAAUAAUUGUAGGCGUACUUCAAUUGGUCGGAUCCUACAUGUCAACGCUUUUGGUGGAACGCGCUGGUAGGAAGUCUUUACUGCUAAUUUCAACCACUGGAGUUGCCUUGGGCCACAUUAUAUUCGGUGUGUACUCUUAUCUCGAUGUGCUCGGCUACGACGUUCGUGGAUUCUCUUGGUUGUCAAUCUUCAGCUUCUCAUUUACAAUAUUCAUAGCGAGCUUGGGCUUGUUGGGGCUGCCCUACCUGAUUAUAGCGGAAAUAAUGCCACCGAAACUGCGCAGCAUGGGCUCCAUGAUCGGCGUGAUUCAGUUGUGGAUCACCACUUUAAUUAUACUAAAGUGUUUACCGUUAAUGAUCGAAGUGUUGGGUAUGCACGGGAUGGUCUUUGUCUUCGCCGGUGUAUGCAUUGCUGGCAUCAUAUGCAUCUAUCUGUUUAUACCUGAGACCAAAGGAAAAACCAUCGAGGAAAUCCUGGAGAGUUUAUAGUAUUAAUUUUCGUUAAAUGCGAACAUUCAUGGAACAGAGGCUCGUGAGUAUCCGAAGAAAUAUAUCUGUACAUCAACCCCGAUGUGAGACUGUUGUGGCCGAUUAUUUUGUAUAAUGAGUGAUGUGUCUUAUAUUCCAAGGUAGCUUGAAAGGAUUCCCACUGGCUCUAUGGAGAUUUCUGCGGGCAGCUAAACUUGUUUCCUCACACUCAAAGAAAUGAAAUGCAGCAUUUUUGAUAUUAAUUGUUUAUUUUUUGUUUUGUUUUUGUUUUAAAUAUAUUCAUAUAAUACAAAGUUUCGCAACAUAGCAUUCACAAUAUUUUAUAGCGAUAAUUAUUUAUAUAAUUAUAUAUUUAUACCACACAUAUAAUAUUUGUUGUAUAAUGUUGGGGAAUUCGUUUGAUUGUAUUUGCAUUAUUAUUACUGUUAUAUUGUAUAUGUAUGUAUAAUUAUUAUGCAUUAUUACUAACUUAAUAAGUAAUUUAUUUACUUAUUUAUUUACAUUUUUGUAUUUGUAUUUGUUAUUGGCGUGCAUUUAUAAAUGUAAUCAUAAAACUAGAAUACUACAUCACAGUAAUUUUCAA